AUGAGGUGGAAUGGAGUAAUGUGGUGGUUUAUGGUGGCAGCUGUAGUGGCAACGACAACGGGGGGGAAAGAACCAGAGCUGCACAGGGUGGGAGGCAAACGAGGGUGGACUGAUCAAAAUGUAAAUUACACAGAAUGGGCAAUGAAUCAGACUUUCUAUGUCGGCGACUGGCUCUAUUUUGGAUUUGACAAGCGCAAAUACAAUGUGCUAGAGGUGAACCAAACAAGCUAUCAGCAAUGUAAUGACAAAGGUUUUAUCAAGAAUAUUACAAGGGGCGGCCGUGAUGUUUAUAAUCUCACAGAAGCGAAGCUAUUUUACUUCCUCAGCAGCGGAGGCUACUGCUUUCAUGGCAUGAAAUUAGCUGUCGAUGUUGUGGAAUUUGUGCCCUCUUCGGAAACAGUUCUGUAUGACAAUGGCUCUCCAGUACUAAUGGCAGCCACAAUAGGCAAGCCGUCCCUCUUGCAUUUGAUCUGCUUUGGUCUUACACUUAGAAGAAUACUAAAUUAUUAG